ACCAUGAGCUACUACGGCAGCUACUAUGGAGGCCUGGGCUAUGGCUAUGGCUCUGGUUAUGGCUGUGGAUGUGGCAGCUAUCGUGGCCUAGGCUAUGGCUUUGGAGGCUGUGGCUGUGGAAGCCUGGGCUAUGGUGGUUAUGGCUAUGGAGGCCUGGGCUAUGGUGGCUAUGGCUAUGGCUGCUGCCGCCCAUCUUGCUGUGGAAGAUAUUCUUCCUAUGGCUUCUACUGAAAGAAUAUCUGCUCCUGCAGGAUCAUGGAAUCCUUGUCCAAACCAGCUUGAAGUGAACUCCAUGACUUUGGAAGGACAUAAUAUUCUAUGUACAGCUACGUGACAUAGGAGAGCAUCUUGGAAUCCUUAUGGACCACUCAAGAUAGUGAAGUGGCAGAGACUGAGAUGCAGUCAGACCCACCCUUCUGGAAUUGAAGCAGA